GAAUUCGGCGAGAACAUCGUCCUAAAGCACUUCCUUCUUACAUGCGACGUGGACCCGAGGAUGAGGGCCAAAGAGAACAUCAUGCAUUACUGGAAAAUGCUCAACUCUCUGGAAGUGAUCAAGAGGGAAUAUGCCGCCCUCAGGAAAUCUGCCAAGCUGCCUCCUGAUCAUCCAACUCGAGUGCGAAACCGGAGGAAGCAGCUUGAGUAUUUGCGGCUGGAGAAUACUAUCAACCAACAUCUGACCCAGCUUCACCAUGAGUUCCUGAGGGAGCUGAAGCUACAGAAAGCAGCUAGUAGCAAAAAAGCACACAGUCCUGCAGCUGAAGAAGAGGAGGAUGGAGCCCCCGCAGCAGCAGAUGAGGAAGCCCUUCAUACAGAAGACAAGGAAGAGGAAGGAGCUCCCGCUGAAGACCCUGCAGUGGAGAAGAUGAUGGAGGAGCAAGCUCCUGCAGAGGAAGAAAAGGAAGAAGAAGCUCCUGGAGCAGCAGAAGAGGAAGCUCUUGCCUCUCAGGAGAAAGAGAAAGGAGCUGAAGAUAAUGAUGAAGCUCCAACAAAUGAAGAAACAGCUCCUCCCGCUGAAGAACAGCAAGUCCCUGAAGAGGAGGAGAAAGAAGAGGGAGCAGAAGUAGGAGGUUCUGCAGAAGAACAUCAAGUCCCUGGAAUGGAGGAGAAGACGACGGAGGAGCAAUCUCCUGCAGUGGAGGAGAAAGAGGAGGGAGCUGAUGGUGAAGAAGAGAUCAUCAAAGAUCCUCUGGUGGAGGAGAGGCCGACCCUCCGAAAACAGUUCAGGAAGGCCAUCAUGAAGAGGCUCCGGAGAGUUUGGCAUUCCACCCAAAGACUCGCCGCCUGCUGCUGCUACACUUUGCAGAUAAUCCUCCCAGCCGCUAUGAAGAUAAUCCACACAACCGCUCUAGAAAUAAUCCUCCCAUCUGCACUGCGGAUAAUUCACUCAAUCCAUAUGAAGAUCAUCCGCUCAAUCACAACAAAGAAAAUCAUCCCAUCCAACCUGAAGAUAAUCCUCCCAGAAGCUUUGAAGUUAAUCCUCUCAGUUUCCUCUCAAUCGCUCUGA